UUUAUUUUUUUUUUUGAAGACCAGUAGGUUACUCCCCAAAUUAAUAAAUUUCAGUUGGCUUUAUCCUUAUAGCAACAAAUCCAUCCAUGUAUGUGAAUUUUAGUCACUAAUUCAAUUGCUUUUUCACGGGUCCAAAUACUUUUAACUGCAGUAUCAAAUAAUUAAUGUUGCCCAAUUAAUUCCACAUUCUUGUACUUUUUCUUUGAAAGAUUCUUUUCUUUUCCUUUUAACAGGGGAACUCCAGCUAAUAAGAAUGGGCAUUCAUGGCCUAACAAGUUUUGUAGGGGAACAUAGUGAAUUCUUUGUUGAUCUGCAGCUGAGAAACACAGAUGUAAUAAUUGAUGGGAAUAAUUUGUAUCAUCACCUUUAUUUUGAUUCAAAUCUGGAUAUUCAGUAUGGUGGAGAUUAUGAUUCUUUUACAGAUAUUAUACGUCAGUUUUUUCAGUCAUUGGCUCUGUGCCACAUACAGCCAUAUGUUGUGCUGGAUGGAGGUAAUGAUGCAUCUAAUAAAAAACUUGCAACUUUAAAGCAACGAGCUGAGGAAAAGAUCCAGGCAGCCCAUUCACUUUCUCGUGGUGGUGGAGGAAGUGUAUUGCCUUUGCUUGUCAGAGAGGUCUUCAAGCAGAUUCUAACUGAACUACAAGUGCCCUUUGUACAAUCAUUUUCAGAGGCAGACAGGGAUAUUGUAUCUCUAGCCAAUCACUUGAGUUGCCCUGUGUUAACUUUAGAUAGUGAUUUUUGCAUUUUUGACCUCCAAUCAGGCUAUUGUCCUCUAAAUUAUUUUCAGUGGAGAAAUCUUUGUAAAUGUAAAGACUCACAAGAAUGCUACAUCCCAACACAGUGUUUCUCAUUACAAAGAUUUUGUAGACAUUUUAGCAAUAUGAACAAAACCCUGCUGCCUCUUUUUGCAGUAAUGAGUGGCAAUGACUACAUAAAUCUGCCAGCUAUGGAAGUAUUCUUUAGUAAACUAAACCUUCCUAUAGAGAAAUCCCGGCGGAAAAGUAGAAAGCAUGGCCACAUUCAGGGACUGCUGAACUGGUUAUCUCAUUUUGCUGAUCUUUCUGAGGCAAUGGAAAAUGUAUUGAAGUAUUUUAAAAAGCAUGAAAAAGACGACAUACGACAGCUUCUCUCUUCUUUCAUGAAAGAAUAUGAACCAUCUAAUAUCAAUCUCAAAGAUUUUUUCCAGAGUGGUAUGUAUGAAUCUGAGGAAAUGAAGAAAUUAAAAUUACCACAGUGGGUUGCAACACACUUAAUUAAAGGACAUCUAGCACCAUUUAUUAGUGACGCUCUUAUAUUAAAAAGAACCAUCCUUCCUGUUCAAGUGGAGAAUAUGCAGAGAAAUAGUGCUCAUUCCAUAACUCUGCCAAUUAGACAAGUUAUCUAUUGGUUAUUGUUGAACAUUUCACCAAGUUCCCUUAGUCCCUCUUUGAACAAACAGCCAACUUCAUUUCCUCCUGUCUUCUAUGAAUUUGAUAGAUUCCAAAAAUCACUCAAGAAAUCAUCUGUUUGUGUAGCAGAAUUGGCACAGAAAUUUCCAGACAAUCAGUAUGCUUUGGCUACAUUAAAUGAGGCACCCAUCGCAGAGCGUCUUCUAUUUUUUUUCGAGACGUUUGGAGUAUCAGCCUGUGUCCUUGAACCAGUUCCUUGUUUGCUGCAACUCCCUAUGGCUGCAACCUGUUACUGGACCAAGUUUUCAGAACCCAAAGUGACACUACAGCACAUCAAGGCUUUACUACUUGGAGUAACAUUUGGUGAAUUAGAUAAGAUGUUGCACAUUCCAGAUCCUGAAACACCACAUGCUGAGGUCAAUAAAAUUGUACAUGACCAGUACUUGAAAUGGAAAGAAAAGAAAUCCCCAAAAGAUUAUUUGGAAUUAGAUGUUGCACACAUUUUCUGUCAAUGGCAGUGCUGCCUGCAAGCAGGAUUGUAUCUCAACCAGCUGCUUUGUAGACCUUUCCCUGAGCCAGAUCUUACACGGCUUUAUAAUGGGACCCUUGUCCAUAGGUUAUAUCAACAGCUUAAAUCCAGUUCCACACCAGAGAACCUCCUCAGUACAUCGCCAAAGAUCUACAAGCUUUACUGCAGCAUGAUACAGAUAGUAAAAGAUUCAACACCACCAGGUUUCUUUCAGAAGAAAUCAAAAUCCCAAAGGAAAAAGAAUAAGAAAAUUAUUAAUAAAUUGCCAGAUACACAAGAAAGCACUAUGGUGGACACUCUACCUUUCUGUAGUACUAACAGGUUUGCAACACUGGCAAUAGAGAACUGAAAGCUCAUUAUUCCAGACUGGUUGUUGAUAUUUAUCUGUCUUUGGGUUUGAGAAGUUAUUUCUCAAAAGAAUUAAAGAAGUAAUGCUAUUAAAAUGGAUUUAUUCGUUUGGUAAUUAAGGAACAUGAAAAAUUGCUGUAUUGUUUCUAAUAAUGGAUAAUUUUUCAGAAGAUAUUUAAAAAAAUAAUCUUACUUUGGAAAUGUUUUUUGAAAGAUAUUUCAAAGAUGCUUACCUAUUGUGCUAUCUUUUUAUUGUUUUGUUGCAUGUGUAUACAUUUAAGGACAUUAUUUACCUUAUUUAUGUUGUAAUAAUACCAUAGAUAUUUUGAUUUUUUUGCUUUACAUAUCUUGUAAAUCUUAUUGAAUUGCAAGGCUGCAAUGGCAUAUGAUAAUGAAGAAAUAGAGAAAAAAACAGAACCAUUGCAAAAGAGAAACCUUAGCCUAGUGUAGGGAAAAUUGAGGAAGCGAUUGAAAGCAACUCUGUCAUAAUCACAUUAAGUAUACAUUGAUCUGAAGAAUUAUUUUGACAGGCUCUCAAGACUCUGUUACAUUACUCUACUAGCAGUAAAGCUCUUUUCAGAAAUCCAAGUGAUACUUGUUUUCCGAAUUUUACAGAUUAAAAAUGAAUAAAUAAAAUAUAGAAGUCUGCUUUUUAAAGGCUUUUAAAAAAAGAUAAGAAAUCUGAGUAUCAAAAGACUGAUGUGCAGGAAAGAUUUAUGAGGUUUAAAAUUCCUCUGCUGAAUAAAAGGAAAUGUACAGUAAUAGUAGUUUCUCUCAGCCAUUUGCAGUUAAUCAGGAAACAAACUCCACAAGCACUAGUGGAACUCUAUUUGCAAGAUAAAAUAACAAACUUGUGCUAUGGACAGAAUUUCUCUCCUUUUUAUACAGAAAAAAAUCAAAGUAAGGUAUUCCUAAAUUGCUUGUUCACCUUCUCUCUUUCGGGGCUAAGCUGCUGUUUAUGUAACCCUCUUGCAUUCCCCCUUCAAGUUUACAUUCAUAGUCCUUUACUAUGUCUCUGUAAAGUCAGAUAAUAAAUCUGUCUCCGUGAUCAAAAGAAGUAUAUCUGAGUAAAACCUACUGAAUAACAUUGAUGUGAGUCAGUGUUGGGUUGCCAUUUUUUUUUACUACCGGUUUGGGUGCGCUCACGUGUGUGCAUGCGCAGAAGCGGGCAGGUGGUGGAGCCUCCCGCUGCCGCUACUAAGGUUCACCUGAUUCGGGCCGAAUCAAGAGCAACCCAUCUCUGAUGUUAGUACACUAUGGUGUUUAUGUCCUACAUUGGGGCCUCCCAAGAUAUUUGAUUGGAUGCUGUGAGAAUAGAAUGUGGAAUGGAUAAAUUUUGGCCUAGAAAAUCUUUAAUUUGAAAGAUAGGAGAGUAGGGGGACCACUG